UGUUGUGCCGCGGAGGCCGACCCGCAGCCGUGCUCGCUGCCUCGCGCCGGGCAAUUGGCUGGCGGGCGUCACGUGGGCGCGAUCAGCUGGGCCUGUGGCUGCGGGCGGCCUGGAGUGGGACCUGCAGCUGCCAGGCAAGUCCACCCGGUGCGGGCUCGUUCGCGCCGCCCGCCUCUUGCGGACACUCGCUGCCCGGCGGUGGGUGUGCUGCCUGUACUCGCCUCUUUUCUACGCUGCUGCGCACGCAGGGUUUUAGAACUUCAGUUGUCAAAAUGGGCAGAAUUUUCCUUGAUCAUAUUGGUGGUACUCGUCUGUUUUCUUGUGCAAACUGUGAUACGAUCCUGACCAACCGCUCAGAGCUCAUCUCCACUCGGUUCACAGGCGCCACUGGUAGAGCGUUUCUUUUUAACAAGGUAGUUAACUUGCAGUACAGUGAAGUUCAAGAUCGGGUCAUGCUCACUGGCCGCCACAUGGUUCGAGAUGUGAGCUGCAAAAACUGCAAUAGCAAACUGGGAUGGAUCUACGAGUUCGCAACUGAAGACAGCCAACGUUAUAAGGAAGGUCGUGUGAUCCUGGAACGUGCUCUAGUUCGAGAGAGUGAGGGCUUUGAGGAGCAUGUACCAUCUGAUAACUCUUGAAGAAAACAAAGUAAAUCUGUCUUUUCCCAGGUCUCCUUCACUGAAAACAAAUCUACUUACAUACACUGUCACCUUAGCAUCAGAGUCGGAUUCAUGAACUGCGGAACAAGAGGUUAUGAGAAUCUAAGAUGGAAUCUUCUUUUCUUUCUUUUUUCCUUUUUUUUUUUUUUUUAUAUUUAUCCAUCCAACAGCAGUUUCUAGAGAGAAUAUUAUGCAGAUGCCGUUGAAUUUUUUUUUUCUCCCCCGUGUUUACAUCCUAAGGCAGAAGCAUCUAUCUGCAGCUACAUGGUGGGCUAUGUAAGGGAAAAAAUUGGAGCUAUUAGAGUGGAAAUGUGUUUUAUGUAAAUUUUGAGUGGGGAACAUGGCAAGAGCAUGAUUUUUAAACUUAUUUGGGCUUCAUUUUAAACUUUUUUAAAAACCCAGUUAUUUCACUUAAUUUGCUAGCUUCAGAGAAGAGAUCCGAAUCUGUGCCCAGCGCUAAAGGCUCAGUGUUAGCGUGGCUUGUGCUGGCCAGUGUGCCAUAUUCUUGUUGGAGAUGAACUGUAGCACCAGAGCCCAUUCUUCCUUGUCAGUCUUGACCCAAAGAUGUCACCAUUCCUAGAUACUUGUCACCACAUAAUUGGUGUUGAUUGGAAACUUUCUGAAAUGGGGCAGAACUGCUUGGUUGUCUUUUUCCAUGUAACUUAAGCAUAGUAAUAUAAAUAAAGUAAUAGUUGGAUGUUUUUGGUCCUGUGUUGAUUUUUAAAAAUACUUUAUAUAUAAAGAGCAGAGUAUAUGGUGUGAUUUUCAUAGUAGUUAACUGUUUCUUUUUUAUCUUAAGCUAAAUUAACUAUGUUAAGGUAUCCUUGUAAAUGAAAGCAUACUGUUUAAACUCACAGUAUUACAUUUAGAAAACAGUUGAACAGAAUGUCAGUGUGCAUCCAUGCAAAAGGCAUUAAUCUGCAUCUGUUCUAAAAGGGGGAGAUGAAGCAGCUUAUCUAAAAAUACUGCUUCACCAAGCAUUUCAGCCUUCCCCCUCACUUGUGUACUGAUGUUGACAAGUCUUUGAGCCCAGUAGUUUCAUCAAAGGACUAGAUCUUUCCUUAGCAUUAUAUUUUCAGAUCAUCCUUAGAAGAGUUCAGUUACUGUAUUUGAACUGUACUUAGUACCCUCUUGGAAAGGAAUCAGAUUUGACUCAGGUUAUUUUAUGAUAAAAAUUUACGACAUUACAAAGUAUUAAAAUGUGUUUCUUUACCCAGCCUCUUCUAGGUAAACUAAUAUUUGCUUUUUGCGGAAUAAUAAAGUGUCAGUAAAAUUGGCUAUUUAUGCAAAUGAAUGAAUGGAUGUUAUAUGUUCAAUUUCCAGGUCCUCUACAAAGGCAAUUUGCUGCUGUUGAAUUAGUGAAAUAUUUUCUGUCAUUUAUAUUAAGAAUGAUUUCUUAGUACAGUUAAGUUUCUCACAGCGUAGUUAUCUGAUGAGGUAUAAUACUGCAUUUCAAAGAAGUGAACACAAUUCUUCAUCUUCAACUUUAUUGAAACCUUCAAGCAUUAAGAACAGUAUUCAUUUCCACUGGUUUCUAUAUUGGCCUUUGGUGAUAUGCAGAUUCCUAGUAGCAUGCCUUACCUAUAGCACUCUGUCAAAAUAAAGCCUGUUUUGUCUUG